AUGGCAGAUACACAAUCUAGAAUUGAUUCAUUAAGUGAAAGAAUUUCUAAAUUUGAAGAAACAGAUAAUGAUCAUAUAGCAGCAUUUAUUGAAAGUGCUGAACAUAAAGCUAGAAUUGCAAAAUUGGAACAGAAUGUAACGAUAGCUAAAAAAUUCUUAAUUGAAUAUAGUCCUGUUUUUUUGAAAGGAUUGGAAUUUGACGCCCUUUUUCGCAAAUAUCAAAUUACAUUGGAAACGCAAGGAAGCAAGCACCGGUUUCAUGAUACUAGCUGGUACAAGGUUGUUAAAAAAUUCGAAGACAUUGUUAAUCGUGACCGUCUUAAAUGA